CUCUAGAACCAGCUGCAAUGGUUUCACAUCUGCUCACCUGUAGGGUCCAAAAUUUGCUAACAAAGACAGCGUAAGAGUCUUCAGUGUGACAAAAAGAGGAAAAAAAAAAAAAAAGCAGGUAUCCAAAGUGUCUUUGCAUAAACACCUUCCCUGUAUCUCUGGGAGAAGCAGCCAGCAUCCUGCACAGCAGUGCACUGGAGCUUGAAGAGUUCAUUGUUUCACCCUCUCAGAUCCAAGCAUCUAGGUUCUACGGCUUCAGUUAUAAUCCAAAGGAGAGAAAGCAAACAAGUAAGCAAAGGAUGGAAGAAAUACGAAAACAAAGUAGUGAGAUACCAGCUUUCUACUGUUCAAAGAAACAGCAUAAGAACUUCCAGGCAAAAUUGUCCAGCUUCCACAAGAAGCAGCAUUGCAGGAUUUUGAAGGAAGAGAAAAUGGACUUCAAGGAGGAAAUCAAAGCCUUCUGCAAAGCAAGUAAGAAUCUCCAUGAGGAGAUUAGAGCUUUUCAGGAGGAGAACAAAGCCAAAGCCUUAUGGAAGGAAAUUAACAUCUUCCAGAAGAAGAACAAAGCUUUCAUGGAAGAGAUCAAGAACAUUUCAGAGGAGAGCAAGGACUUCCUACAGAAAAGUAGAGUCAUCCAGAUGGAAAAAAAGGUUUUCCAGGAACAAGUCAGUAGCAUUCAGGAAAAGCUUGAAGUGUUCUGGGAGAAAAUGAAGGCUGCUGAGGAGCUGAUCAAGGCUCUCGAAGAAAGGAAUAAGGUUGGCCAGGAAGCAGUCAAGGCUUUCCUAAAACAGAAUCAAGACAUUCAAGGAAAGAAUAAAGCCAUGUACAGGAAGAACAAAGUCCUGCAGGAAAAGAAUAAGGUUUUCUGGAAGGACCAUAAGGCUUUCUGGAAGAAGGACAUGAUCUUCUGGGAUGAAGAGAUGGCCAUCUCAAGCAGUAAACUUACUCUCUGGGAAGAAUACAUAGCUUUCAUGGAGAAUGAUCAGAAGAUUCAAAAAGAAAAAAAAGCUCUUUGGGAUGCAGUGAAAGCCCUGUGGGAUGAAAAAUUUUCCCUCGUGGAAAAUGUGUAUAUUGCUACAGGAGAGGAGAAACUACCUGACACAGAAGAGAAAAAUCUUUGUGGCAAUUAUGGCCCAGCUGUGGACAGUGGAAGCGAAGCACCAGAGCAAAUUAGGCAGAUCUGAAAUAUGACUUCACUUUCUGUCACAGAUGAGUUUUUACUCCCAUCACAAAUGGGCUUUUGCACCUUUCACUCUUGAAGUUUUAAGAAAAGUCCUGAUAAAGCCUUAAAAAAA